AUGUGUUGUAGUUACAUAUCGCAGGCGGCGAACGCCUGCUGCAUCACGUCGUCUCAACACAGAAACAUAUUCUCCGCGGUGAACAACUUCUUCGCUGAUUCACCGCUGGUGAAUCAGCUGAAAGGCAUCAUGACUCGACAAACGAGUAAUAUCGAACCGGGACCGCCGGAUGAAACUCGCAGAGAGAGAGGUGCGACAACUACUUUCUCGAUAAGCCACUCGGAAAGUCAGUUGUCACAGCGGUCUGUGUCAUCGGCUCAGACACAAAAACAGGUUAACUUCCUGAAGCCUAACAAUACUAUGGACCGGAAAGCGUCAAUUGUUGAUGAGACGACAGGCAUCACACGCACACAGAUGAAAGAAUUCCGUGAAGCUUUUCGUUUAUUCGACAAGGACGGCGAUGGUACAAUCACGAAGGAAGAGCUCGGACGUGUUAUGAGAAGCCUCGGCCAGUUCGCCAGGGUUGAGGAGUUGCAGGAUAUGUUGCAGGAGGUCGAUAGUGACGGUGAUGGCAAUGUGAGUUUUGAAGAAUUUGUUAAUAUUCUGUCGAAAUCAAUGUCUGGAGCUGGUGGAGGGACGAGUUCCGCUGAACAGGAGGAGAGGGAACUCAGAGAUGCAUUCAGAGUAUUUGAUAAACAUAAUAGAGGAUACAUCUGCGCUUCUGAUCUAAGAGCGGUGCUGCAGUGUCUCGGUGAAGAUCUAUCUGAGGAAGAAAUUGAAGACAUGAUAAAAGAAGUCGAUUCUGAUGGUGAUGGGCGUAUUGAUUUUCUGGAAUUUGUUAGAGCCCUUGGAGAACCGGAAGACGCUUGUGAUGACGAAGACGAUGACGAGCUCAACGAUGGAACAGAGAUGCAUUUAACUCAACAAGUUGCUGCAAACUGA